AAGAGGAACAAUAGGCCGGUAUAACCUUGUAGGCAUGUCGUCAUGAAUUCAUUAGCUACGUACCUACCCAGACAACUCUUACUCCUAGGUGUAAGACGACAAAAGACAACUUUGCGAGAGGACUUCUUUUCUACCUCCCGCACCUGUAUGCUUAUUUCAACAACCAUGUCCGAACAGACGAUGCCUCAAUUAGAGGAGCUAGUUAAGGAAAACCUUCAAAAGGCUUUCGACAAUUCGAAUUUUGACCUAAAUGCCAUUAUACGUGGCAUUCAGUUGACUCUCGUCGGUGCCCACAGAGCAAUGCAGAACCCUGGCAUUUUCACAAAUGACCAUUACAAGCAAGCCGCCAUAGCCGUUGCUGCUGGAAUCGCUAUUCGCAUAGCUAUUGCCAUACCUAUCAUUGGAAUCAAAGUUCUCCUCGGCGCCCUGUCUUUGAUAUUUGACCUUGACAAGACUACCUGGGACGAUACGCUGGUAAAUGGCCUGGACCUGAUCGCCAACCAUGUUCUCCAAAUACCUCUAUUCUUGAUGACGCUUAUGAGAUAUAUCACCCCAACGCUCGACAACUUGUUCAUGGACUCGUUGCGGUGGGUUGACAUGACUUAUGUCCAGAAACAUAAAAACGAGAACCCCGAUACACUUCGGGAUAUGUAUUACCCAAACCUGAGCGGAUAUAAAAAAAGGGACGGGAGUACGAACACUACGAGCACUGCCGAGGCUGUUACCAUGUUCAUGUGGCGGUUCGCCCGAAAGGCCCUAAUCUCCUUGGCCGUAUUCGCCUUAUCAUAUGUUCCGUACAUCGGACGCUUGGUACUCCCCGCUGCUAGUUUCUAUACGUUCCGCAAGGCAGUAGGCUUGGGGCCGGCCGCUGUCAUAUUCAGCACCGGGGUAUUCCUGCCGAAGCGAUACCUCAUCAUAUUUCUCCAGACAUACUUCGCAUCUCGCAGCUUGGUGCGUGAACUGCUCGAGCCUUACUUCGCCCGCGUCCAUUUUUCUAAGGAUCAGAAACGAACAUGGUUCCGUAGUCGCGAGGGUCUCCUUUUCGGUUUCGGUAUCGGGUUUUAUACACUACUACGGGUCCCAUUGCUCGGCGUGCUCAUUUAUGGCAUUGCUGAAGCGUCAACUGCCUACCUCAUCACUAAAAUUACGGACCCGCCUCCCUCACCGCAAGCGCCCCGUUCUGAGGUGGAACGGUUCGCGGCAAGCCAACAGGUCUGGAGGAACAAGCACGAAUUUCUCAACCUUCCGCUCGCGAAUCUGGACGCUGACCAUGAUAGUCAACCUCCAUCGUAUGACGAAGCUACUAAUCAAGGAGGCAGAAAGGGCCUGUGACGUAAUAUGGUUAAUAUCACACGUCGAUUCUUCGAUCGCAAGGGCUAUUUACCUUUUGCCUAACCAAGCUGAACUAGGUUGUUGCAGGCCCGGAUAUGUUUAUCAUCGAAGUGUGUCAGAGACUCUAGCAGCAAGAAUUAGCAUACGGUAUCCUCUUGAUGUUCAUCGUUAUCUUAACUAUAUAUAUCUCAAGUGGGUUUGACGUGAGAAUCCCGAGUUGCCGAGAUACGCUACGUUCUGUCUUUAGUCCCAAAUUGGAGCUCGCCUUAUCAGCUUGGUGCAUAACAUGCCCGCUGCUGUAUUUCCUCGGUCUCGAUAGAUGUGAUAAGGAGAAGAAUCCUCGUGUGGGGGUGAGGACAGUUGAUUGGUAUGCUAGUACACGCUAUGUAUAACUACGAACAUACCAGUGCAUGCAGGAUUCUAACUAGCAUAUUUCCGACGUCACGGACAUGGUGCAGGCUGCUAUGCACGUAGGUGUUCGAGAUAUCACGAUGUCUUAGGCAUUGCGAUUGGCGCCUCUCCGCUCGUGCGAUGCGGGGUAUCUAUGUAGCUUUUUGUCGUUGCAGGAGGAAUAUAUACUUACCUAGGUAUAUAUGUAUAGGUAUACCUUAUAUAAAGCCUGAUAACAGAGAGCCU